AUGAAGCUUCUGCUCAUCCUCAUCGUGCUGGCCCUGUAUUGCAGGCCUGCAAGCAGCUCAUGGGAAAGCUGUAGCUGCAGGCUCCAGCUCAAGGCUUCUUUGUCUGAGUCGUUGCGCAUCGUGGGUGGCACAAAUGCGGCUCCGGGGACCUGGCCCUGGAUCGUCAGCCUCCAGCGCCCCUGGGGAAAACGCACCAAGCAUUACUGUGGAGGGUCCCUCAUCAACCCACAGUGGGUGCUCACAGCAGCCCAUUGCUUCCAAAAGGCCAGGAACAUCACCAAGUGGCGGGUGGUGACCGGGACCACAAAGUUGUCUCAGCUGGGCCCCGAGGCCCAAGUGCGCCGCAUCAAGCGGCUGCUGCGUCAUGAGGGCUACCGGAGACCCAGGGCUGAGAAUGACAUUGCUGUGCUGGAACUGGACCAGCCCAUCCAGUGCAAUGAGCACGUCCAGCUGGCCUGUUUGCCUCAACCCCAAGAUGUGAAGGUGUUGGAGCUGAAAACCUGCUACGUUGCUGGUUGGGGAUCCACAGUUGCACGAUCCACGAGACCCAAAUUACCUGAUGUGCUGCAGGAGGCCAAGGUUCAUCUCAUUGAUACCAAGCUCUGUAACAGCAGCCAGUGGUACACAGGGGCUGUGCACAGCUACAACCUGUGUGCCGGGUACCCACAGGGUGGUAUCGACACCUGCCAGGGUGACAGUGGUGGUCCCCUCGCCUGCCAAGACAGCCACGCUGACUACUACUGGGUCGUUGGAGUGACCAGCUGGGGGAAAGGCUGUGCAAGAGAAAAACGGCCUGGGAUCUACACCAGCACUCAGCACUUUUAUAACUGGAUCCUGGAGCACAUGGAAGGGGCGAGAAACCUUUCACAGAUGACCCAGAAGAGAAAGAGGAGCCUGAGGAAGGAGAAAGAGGAGCCGGGCUCCCCGCAGGGCACGCUGGGGACACCAAGGGCAGGACACUGCGUCGACUUCUACCGGAGACUGCCGUGGUUUCGGGUGGUGGUCGGGGCCAACCAGCUGACUCUGACGGGCCCCGAGGUGCAGGUGCGAUACACCACGCGGGCGCUGCUCCACCAGAGCUACUUCAACGUCACCGACUACGACAUUGCCCUGCUGGAGCUGGACCGGCCCGUGGAGUGCAACCAGUACGUGCAGGUGGCCUGUGUGCCUCACCCCGCCGAUGUGGUGGUGUCCCAGCUGAGAGACUGCUACAUCGCUGGCUGGGGCCAGACCACCGCACGAACCCACGGAUCCGACGUGCUGCAGGAGGCCAAGGUGCGCCUCAUCGAUGGCAGGCUGUGUAACAGCUACGAGUAUUACAGGGGGAAACUGCACAGCUACAACCUGUGUGCCGGCUACGCGCAGGGCGGCAUCGACGCCUGCCAGGGUGACAGCGGGGGCCCGCUGGUCUGCAGAGCUGCGGGCGCCAACUUCUUCUGGCUGGUGGGCGUGACCAGCUGGGGGGCAGGCUGUGGCAGAGCGCACAGGCCCGGGGUCUACACCUCCACCCAGCACUUCUACUACUGGAUGCUGCAGCAGAUGCACUCAGCAGGAAGGGCUGCUGCUCUCACCCGGGCGUGGAGACGUCUUCCCACCGACUCGGGGCCCUUUCCGCGGCCCAACCCCGAACUAGUCCCGGCACCAGAACCAGCGGACGGCUUUGGGCCCUGCCAACUCCCCAUCAGCUCACUGGCUGAUUUCUUCAGUUGUCUUGGGGAGCUGCUGCGGGGCCUGAGGGGAAAAGUGGCUUGAGCAGCAGGACUGUGCUGGAUGUGCAGGGCUGGGCUCUGCCCCUCUCCUUCGUUGUAGCUCCUUAGCAGUAGGCGUUAGGUAGGAGGAAGUAGAAGCUGAAAAGCUGUUUGCAGAGAGUUGUAAAAAUAAAAGGUUGAAA